CUGAUCCUCGGUCACACCGGAAGUCACGCGCCGCCACAACAUUCUCCCGAGUGACAAAGUGAAAGUGGAACUGUUGAAAUGAUGGAUCAAACACCGGCGGAUGUCCAGUCGGGAAUGUCCAUCUUCAUAGAUAUUGUACGUAGAGCAGACAAAAACGAUGACGGCAAGCUGACUCUGGAAGAGUUCAAGUCUUAUUUCUCUGACGGAGUCCUGACGCCAGACGAGCUCAAGCAGCUUUUCCACGCCAUCGACACGCACGACACAGACAACGUGGACACUGAUGAGCUGUGUGAGUAUUUCUCGCAGCACCUCGGGGAAUACAAGAAUGUGUUGGCGGCCUUGGAGGAACUCAACGUGUCCAUCCUGAAAGCCAUGGACAAGACCAAGAAGGACUACCAGGAGUCCACCCACCUGGAGCAGUUUGUCACCCGCUUCCUGCUGAAGGAGACCACCAAUCAGCUCCACUCCCUCCAGAGCUCGCUGGAGUGCGCCAUGGAAACCACCGCCGAGCAGACUCGCCAGGAGAAACUGGGUCCUCCCAAGGCAGAGGUGGUGUCCAUCCAGUGGUCAGGACGUCGCUCCAAGCGCAGACCUGACAGGAACUACAGUUUGUCCCCCAACAAAGGCCUGACAGGGGCUGUGGACCAGGACCACCACUGGACCACACAAGUCACCAGACUGCAGAAACUCAUAGACCGCCUGGAACAAAAGGAGAUCCGCCUGGAGCCUGCAGAAGAAGAAGUGGUGGAGAGCAAGAUGCACAUGGUGAUGGUGCAGAGGCAGAUGUGUGUGAUGGAGCAGCAGGUGGAGGACUUCCGUGUGUCCCUCAGACUUUAUGUGGACACUUCCUGCACUCAGACUGGAUGUCUACACAUGGCGGUGCAGCGGCUGGCCAACGAGUCUCGCUUCAUCCUGUAUGAGUUCUGGGAGCACAACAACAUGUGGAAGAAGCACGUACAGAACAACUACAGUAAAAGUUUCCAAAGAGCCAACGUGGACUUCCUGGAAACUCCAGAGAUUAUUACUACUAUGCUACUUCCUGCGUCCUGGUGGGUCCUCAACAACAACAACAACUGACCUUGGACAUGACCUUGAGUGGGAAUAUGACCUUCAUGUCGUCAUGGUGAUGACAAGGAUAAACAUCAAAAGUAUUUAUGAAUAUGACCUCAUGCAUCGUUCAAGUGUGGCUGGAAAGUGAAAUAUUUGACAUUAAUAUUAUUGAACUUAUUUUAUGUUGUUAAAUGUAGAAUAAAGAUGAAUAUUAAUAUAUGUAUUUGUAUAUUGUUGAAUAUAGAAUGAAGAUGAUUAAUAUAUAUUAGGUUUUUCAAUGUAGGGUAAAUAUGAAUUUUAUUUUAUUUAGUGUUAUGCUGUUAAUAGGAGAAUAAAGUUUAUUAUUAUUAUUAAAUUAAUUAAUAUUAUUUAGUUUAUUUUAUGUUGUUAAAUGUAGAAUAAAUAUGAAUAUUAUUGUAUGUAUUUGUAUAUUGUAGAAUGAAGAUGAUUAAAAUAUAUUGUGUUUUUCAAUGUAGGGUAAAUAUGAAUUUUAUUUUAUUUAGUGUUAUGCUGUUAAUAGAAUAAAGUUUAUUAUUAUUAAAUUCAUUAAUAUUAUUUAGUUUAUUUUCUGUUGUUAAAUGUAGAAUAAAGAUGAAUAUUAUUGUAUGUAUUUGUAUAUUGUUAAAUGUAGAAUGAAGAUGAUUAUUUAAUAUAUUUUAUGUUUUUAAAUGUAGGGUAAAUAUGAAUUUUAUUUUAUUUAGUGUUAUGCUGUUAAUAGGAGAAUACAGUUUAUUGUUAUUAUUAUUAGUAUUAAAUUCAUGAAUAUUAUUUAGUUUAUUUUAUGUUGUUAAAUAUAGAAUAAAUAUGAAUAUUAUUUAAUGUAUUUGUUUUUAAAUGGAGAGUAACUAUGGUUAUUUCAUUUAUUUUGAUGUUGUUAAGUGUUCAAUAAUGAUAGUUAUAAAUAAAUGUAUUUUACGUUGUUAAAUGUGGAAUAAAGAUGAUUAUUUAUUGUAUUUUAUUUUGUUAAAUGUAGAAUAAGGACGAAUAUUAUUUAAGUUACUUUUAUUUUGUUAAAUGGAGAAUAAAGUUUAUUAUUAUUAAAUGCAUUAAUAUUAAUUGAUUUAUUUUAUUUUGUUAAAUUUAGAAUAAAGAUGAAUAUUAUUUAAUUGAUUGUCUGUUGUUAAGUGGAGGAUAAAGUUUAUUAUUAUUGACACAUUCACUAAUAUUAUUGAAUGUAUUUUAUGUUGUUGAAUGCAGAAUAAAGCUUAAUAUUAUUUUAUUGUUAUGUUAAGUGGAGAAUAAAGUUUAUUAUUUUUUUAUAAAAUUCAUUGAUAUUAUUACAUGUAUUUUAUGUUGUUAAAUGUAGAAUAGAUUAUUAUUUAAUGUAUUUAUAUGAUGUCAAAUGGAGAAUAACAAUUAUUAUUGUUUAUUUUAUUUUGAUGUUCUUAAAUGUAUAAAAAAAUGGUUAUUAUUAAUUUUAUUUUGUUAUUAAAUGUAUAAUAAAGAUGAUUAGUUGUUGUUUUGAUGUUAUUAAAUGUAUAAUAAAGAUGAUUAGUUGUUGUUUUGAUGUUAUUAAAUGUAUAAUAAAGAUGAAUAUUAGUGUUUAUUUUGAUAGUAUUAAAUGUAUAAUAAAGAUGAUUAGUUGUUGUUUUGAUGUUAUUAAAUGUAUAAUAAAGAUGAUUAGUUGUUUUGAUGUUAUUAAAUGUAUAAUAAAGA